UAGAACUGAAACAGCCAGCGCUAGUAUCCCCCAAUGCCAGUAGGCGUAGGUCCUACGUGAGCUGCGAGAGUUUUGUGUAGGGAGCCGUGGCAUUUGAUAUUGUCGCUGCCGCAUUCUGUGCGACCUCGCGUGGAGCCUUGAGACUCGAGACCGUUAUUUCCGUUUCGCGGCAAGAAGGCACCACUGAGGCACGACCGUUAUGCGAGCACCGCUAGGGCACCACCGCUGUGCACAUUUCUUCUAAUUAGACGACCGAUCAUUCCCAUUACCGCUCGUGCGGGUCGUGGGCUUCCGAGUCGACUCAAAAGCACACUGCCGAACGCUUUUAUCUCUAGCUAGACGGGCGAUACCGCAGGGUGUUUUUUUCUACACCGCUAGGGCACCGCUGCGGAACGCAUUUCUUCUACCUAGGCGAUCGAUAUUUGCCAUUACCGCUCGCCCAGGUCGUCGCAGGGCAGCUGCGCGCCAGUAGCUUCAUAAAACGUCUAAAAAGGCCGUCGUUUCGCGCGCGCGCGUCGCAAUGGCGGUCCUGACGUCGCCGCCCGCCAGCCUGCCGUACGUGGUGGCUUUAAACUGCAUGGAAGGCUGCCACGCGCAAGCCGAGGCGCUCGCGGACGUGUGCGUCCUCGAGAAUGUCGGGCUCAGCGAGGGCAUGCUCGACAAGCUGGAGCGCGCUGACGUGGUGCUCGUCCAUUCGCUGCAUUACCUCCCGCGCGCGGCCCAGCGGAAACUCUCCGCGUCGCAGUUAAUUUUAUGUCUAGGGUCGUCUGCUGACACGCGGCCCGUGGAGUCGUCGCUGGCGGAGGAGCUCGGCCUGCGAUUGGUCCACGUGGACGUGCCGCGCACGGACGAGGUCGCGGACAGCGUGAUGGCCUUAAUGCUCGGGCUGCUCCGCCGCACGCACGUUCUCGCGGCGCAGGGCUGCACGAGCGCGAGCUGGUUCGCGGGGUUCAAGGGCGCGUGGCAGGGCAUGCGGCGGCUGCGCGGCAUGGUGCUGGGGCUCGUCGGCGCCAACGCCGCCGCGCGCGCCGUUGCGCGGAGAGCCGCCGUGUUCGGCAUGCGCGUGGUGUACUGCGACCCAGAGGGGGAGCUGCAGCGGUCGCCGAGGGCGGAGGCGCUGAUGCGGGCGGUGGGGGAGGACAGGGGCACGGUGGAGGGCGUGCUGGGGGCGAGUGACGUGGUGUCGCUCCACGUGGCGCUCACUGAUUCGACGCUGCACCUCAUCAAUGACGACACCGCCAAGCACUUCAAGAAAGGCGCCAUGCUGAUCAACGCCAGCAGCUGCCACCUGGUGAGCGACAGUGCGGUGAAGCGCGCACUCAACAGCGGGCGGCUGGGCAGCUGCGGGCUGGAUGGCGUGGAGGGCAACCAGUGGCUGGAGGCGUGGGUUCGGGAGUUCCCGAACGUCCUCAUCUUGCCUCGCAGCGCCGACUACAGCCAGGAGGUUUGGGAGGCACUCCAAGCCAAGGCUGUGGCGGUGGUUCGGGCGUUCCUAACCUCAGGAAAGGUGCCGGAGGAGCUAGUGCUGGAUGAGUCAUUCGGGGGGGUGGAGGGGGAGGAAGAGGAGGAGGAGGAGGAGGCACAAUGGCAAGUGCUGCAUGCACUGUUCCCUUCUGCUUCUGCUGCUGCUGGUGCCGGUGCUGGUGCUGCUGGUGCUGCUGCCAAUGGUGGUGAUGGCGGUGGUGGGAGUGGGGUUAAAAAAGGGGGAAGGACUUCGGGCGGGGGAGGACGAGUGAGUGAGGACUCGAGGAGAAGUAGUGGCAAUGGGGGCAAGAGUGCGUCUGGAGGGGCGAGGGGAGGGGGGGGAGGAGGAGGCGGAACACAGACAGAUGCGCUAGCAGCUGCUGCUGAUAAGCUGCUCCCAGACUGCCCCCUGCAGGACGGCAUGCUAGUUGCGCUGCAGCCGCUCUCCUCCGCCUCCGCCACCUCCUCCUCCUCCACGCUCUCCCUCCCAGCAGCCUUCGCAGCAGCCUUCCCCAAGGCCCUCUUCGCAGCCAAGCGCCGCGACGGUGGCGCCUCAUGGCGAUUCGCCCCUGUGGAGGGGAUAUCCACCCAGCAUCCAAGCGUGCAGUUUGUGAUCGUGUGCGACAAGGACCUGCUGGGGUGCCGGUCGGUGUUUGCGGGCGGCAAGUUCCUGCAGGCGUCAGAGGCGGGCGAUCUGCUGCUGGUGAACGACGAUCUUGAUCUUGCUGAGAGCUGGUUCUUCACCACCGUCUCACACCACUCCAACGGCCUCGCUCUCUCGCUUACUAAUGCCCUGCAUUCACAUGUGGAGCUUCAGGUGCUCGUUCAUGUCUUGAGUGGGGGAUGAUGACCAGCCACAGACAACCAAGGCAGCAGCAGCAGCAGCAGCUAAAAGAGAUGCCUGAAGCAUCAACUGAAGCUAGUGCUGGGGCACCUAAAUCUGGAUCCCGCAGCUCUAACCGUACUUGAUGCACAAGUGUGCAGCGCUGUGUUCACAUCACAUCGCGUGCCUAAUUUAUUCGAGUGCUUCCAAUUGGUACGACUUGCCAGAAAGCCUGUUUUCGGCCUGUUUUUUAUUCGCUGUGUAUAAGACUUCCUUUUGUCCAGUGCACACAACUUGCCC